AAGUAAACUUCAGAACAGAUCAAAAACCAUGCGUUUUCAAUCUGUUUUAGACCAAAAACAUUUGAAUAUGAGAAAGUAACAAGCGGGUUGACACGUCUCGUGGAGCACCUGAAGGCAGCAUUUGUCACUGCUGAGAUCAUCCGCUAAGUAGCACGCAUGCGCAGUGUGCAGAACUCUGGGAGUGUCUGAGCAGCUCGUUGGACGUGAAUCCCACCCGCAGUAACUGAACCCAGGAGGAGCAUCUGCAUGAACAAUGAACCGGCUGACUUGGGAGGAGAUGAUUUGUAACGGACAUGAACGGGACGUAUGAGGGGAAUCGAGGCGAUGGGAAUCUACACCAGCAGUGAUUUUUACGAGAUUUCUGUGGGGUGAAUGACCUCUAACGGUACAGGGAAUUAGUAAUUUGUGAUACUUUGUUGUCUGGAGAGCCAAUCCUCUUACAGACAGAUAGUGUUACAUUGGCGGGUUUGUGUCUGUGCGUUUUAAUGAACUUUAACCGCAACCGACAUGUAAUUAGCGACAUAUCGAAAGGCUUAAUCACCCCAUUGUCUCUAUUUAUAGAUCUACACUAAUAUGUGAUUACUGGGUGGCCUGCUAGAUUUAACCAAAAGUGCUAAAUAGUUAAAGCAAACUAAUUCAUUUUUCUAUAAAAUCUGAUUUUAUAACUAGCUACUUCAACUACUGAGGUGAGUCUGAAUCACUGCAUAUCAGCUCUAUGUUCAAACACCACAGCUUUGACUUUUGUUGUUGAGACAUUGCUGGCACAAUAAGCUGCUGGGUGUCAUGAGGUGGCCAUCUGUUAUGGGAUCCUGCUUAAACCUGCGAGCAGAUUAACCAGUGAGAGGUCCAAGGCAUCAGUAGGCAGGACGUUUGUGUGCCUGGACUCUGUGUUGGAGGAGGAAAAAGAAGAAGAAGAAGAAGAGGAGGAAGCGGAGGGAUGCUGAGGGCCACUGUGAGCUGUGUGCAGGAGAGAGAUGAGGAGCCAGAGGAUGAAGGUGAAGAAGAGUUGAGGGAUGGAGGGGUGCCAUUCUAUGUCAACAGAGGAGGCCUCCCGGUGGAUGAGGAGACUUGGGAGAGGAUGUGGCGCCAUGUGGCCCGAAUACACCCCAAUGGUGAGACUUUGGGGAAGGAGGUCCGAGGUGCCACUGACCUUCCCAAGAUUCCAGUACCGAGUGUGCCUACAUAUCAACCUACCACCACUGUCCCACAGCGCCUGGAAGCCAUACAGAAAUACAUCAGGGAAUUGCAGUACAAUCACACAGGGACGCAGUUUUUUGAAAUCAAGAAGAGCCGUCCACUGACUGCGUUGAUGGACAUUGCUAAAGAGAUGACACGGGAGGCUCUGCCAAUCAAAUGCCUGGAAGCGGUGAUCCUGGGGAUUUACCUCACCAACAGCAUGCCUGGAGUGGAGCGCUUCCCCCUCAGCUUUCAGUCUCACUUCUCAGGGAACCACUUCCACCACAUCGUGCUGGGAGUGCACAGCGGGGGACGCUUCGGCGCUCUGGGCAUCAGCCGCAGGGAGGACCUAAUGUUCAAGCCCCUUGAGUUUAAGACACUGAUGGACUUGGUGCAGGAGUUCGAAGGCGCCUACAGAGGAUACUGGCACACGCUGCGGAAGGUUAGGAUCGGUCAGUAUGUGUCCCAUGAUCCUCACAGCGUGGAGCAGAUAGAAUGGAAACACUCCAUACUUGACGUGGACAAGCUGACCAAGGAGGAGCUGCGGAAGGAGCUGGAGAGACACACUCGGGACAUGAGGCUGAAGAUCGGAAAGCCUGCACCCCCCUCUCCCACCAAAGACAGAAAAAACAGCAUGGGUUCACCCCUGAGAGGACAGAACAGCCCCAUACGUCGGAUCAGCCGUGUAGAAAGACGUCCCUCCGGAGAGAAGAAGGUUCUGGAGCAAAAACCGUCCACAGAUAUGAAUGGAUACCAGAUUCGAGUCUGAGGGAGAACUCUAGAGAUGUUUAUAAAGUAACAAGGUACCAAACAACAACUUAACGGGGCCAUUGAAUUACUCUGAGGCUCAAAUCUUUGUACAAACUGGCCUAUUCACUGAUGCAACACUGAAUAGGUCACCAGCAAGUUUCCCCUCUAAAAACAAAUGCCUCAUUUAGUGUUCCCAUGUCUAUAUUACUGAAGGCUUUCUGGAGCACUUACUGUGGAGGGUAAUUGGUGCUGGCUAGGUUCCCAAAUUAUAAAUAAAAGGGGACAAAAAAAAGCAUCACUUUGUUAACAUUUUGGUAAGUUUUUCCAACUCUGCAAGAGAAAUAUGACUCCAACACUGGGCAAGACCAACACUCAGCAUAAUCGUGCUACUGGACAUAUCAUACGUUUUCUGUGGGUUUUUUAGGUUCAACAAAAGCUCUUAAUGCUUGUCUGCAAUCUGUAUCGUUGUACUGUAAGUGUGCAAAUACUUGUAAUGUGAUUUUAAAUCCACUUAGGCUCCACUGGGCAGCGACUGCUUGUGUUGUGACUAGUUUGCAAACCACUACCCUUGUGCCUUGUUUAAAAUUUCUGAACAAAGAGACUUGUUUUUAUAUCCAAACCCUUUACUCUCAUAAGUCAACACUGCACUUCCAAAAUACUGAAAAUUAUAAGUAUAAAAAGAUGAAUUGGUGGACAUUUUUUGAUAAUUUGUAUCCAGAUGCUAGCAUGUUCAGCUCACCAUCACUGAUUGAAAUGUGGACUGAUUACUGGAUUUUCAGUCCAGAGUGCACAAAAGUGUGUUAAACAGGGUGAGGGCAUCUGUUGAGUGAUAGUAUAAGAGACAGGAGAACCUCUGUCGUGACAUUUAUCAAGGUGAUUUGUGGCAAUCCAGCUGACAGAGCUCAUCUGCGUUCAGUGCACAUGUAAAGUAACGGAAGUCAGUUCUUAUGUACUGUAUGGCUGCUUUAUAAAUACAUUGUUUCUAGCUUUUAUUUGUAGCACCUUUAUCCAGUAUUUCACUUGCCUUAAGUGGUAUCCAACAACUGACUUCCAUUUAAGGUGAGAAGACCUUUGUUUGCAGCACUUUUAUCUGCAUUUUGUAUUUUUUUAUGGCAGAUUCUGUCGUUUUAUACUACCUUCAGUGUUGGUGAUCACCCGUAGACCACUUAAUAGUUACCACAAACUGUUUUUGGAUUUCUCGCCACAGAAUACACUUUUAUGCGUUCAGUACUGUAGGUGUCCACUUUCAUUUUAAUGCUCUAUAACACAAUUGUUUUGUACCAAAAGUCUGUUGAUGAACAGGAUCAAAAUAAAGGCUCACUAUGAUUGUGGCAACACCA